CAACACUGUAAGGAAUAUCAAUACAAUUUAAGGUUAUCUAGUAAAUAAUAUUUACAAUGGAUUUUAAAAUUGAGGAUUUAGAUCUUUAUGAACUUUUAGAAAUUAAUAUAAGUAGUUCUGAAAAUGAUAUCAAAAAAGCAUAUAGAAAAAAAGCGCUACAAUGCCACCCUGAUAAAAAUCCACAUGAUUUGGAGGCCCCAAAAAAGUUUCAUCAGCUAACAAAAAUAUUGGAAAUUUUAACAGAUAAAAUUGCCAAAGCUGCUUAUGAUAAAGUAUUAUUAGGUAAAAAAGAAUCGGCUAUUAGGCACAAAGAAUUGGACAGCAAAAGACGUAAACUUAAAGAAGAUCUUGAAUCAAGAGAACAAAAUGCUAGUAGUUCAAAUAAAAAAAAAAGUGCAAAUGAAAAGUUAAGGGAACAAAUUGAGAGAUUACGUAAGGAGGGAUCAAAGCUUGUUGAAGAAGAAAUCAAUUUUGUAAAUAAAUGUGCCAAAGAAAAUUUAAAAGAUUUACAAGAUGUAAAUGAUCAUAAAAUUAAAAUUAAAUGGCAAGCCUCCAAAAAUGAUCCCAAGAAUGGAGGAUACACAAAAGAGAUACUGGAAAAAUGUAUGUUGAAAUAUGGAGACAUUAAUAUUCUCAUCCUUUCAUCAAAGAAAAAAGGAAGUGCAAUUAUUGAAUUUAAAGAUAGACAUGCUGCAGAGACAGCAGUAAAUUAUGAAAUCGGAUUAACAUCAAAUCCUUUAAAACUAGAAUGGAUUUAUGGAUCACCUAAAUCUGCCCAAGCUACAAGCUCAUUAAUAAAAGAAUCUGAUUUUGAAAGUAUAACUUUAACAAGGUUAAGACAAGCUGAGGAAAGAAAACGUUUAAUAGAAGAAAUUAUAAAAGAUGACCAAUAAACAAUAAUAAUGGUAUUAUACAUUGUGUUUUAAAAAAUAUAAAAAUUAAACUGUUAGUAUUAAUAAAUUUUGUGAUAA